AAGCCUUUUAUUCUGUAAUUCUCUGAAGCAAGAAAGAGGCUUUCUGAGGAGUUACUUUAAAUUUAAACUCUCUUUCUAAUGUUAGACAGCCUGUUGGAUCUCUGAGUUAAAAAUUGCUUCAGCUUCAGUUACUAGAGCCAGAUGUAAUAUUGACCUUAAAUGGUAAAAGCUCCCAAGAGUGAAAGAGAGGCUGGCCUGAGGGGGAAAAAGAGAAAUAACUGAAGUUUUAGAGAAUUUGAGGUCAACUGCCAAGUUAUCAGUGGAGAUGGAGUAAAGCACCUUUAAGCCUUUGCUAACACAGUACUCAGCUGUGACUCAGAGAGGGCACCAACGAGGAGUCGAAUGAUUUAUUUAUGAAGACUGUUCCUUAGCUGUCCGCCUAAGGAUCACAGCGCUUAUGCCUUCAGGCUAACUUGAAACAGAUAUUCUCAGCAGUGCAUGAUCCUGUUAGUCCACAGUGCAGUUCCACGUGCUUCACACUGUUCACCAUGCCAACCUUACCUGAAGACAAGGGACAAUCAAAAGAGGCACAACACAGCAGUUCUCCUGCAGCCAAAGACACUACUGUUGAAGGGACAACAUGCAGUACUCCUUCUAUUGUUCUUCCAGAGAAUGCUGUUACGCCAGAUGUAGAAAUUGAUAAAAAUCUGGUUAACAGGCCCCGUAGUCCUCAUAGGAGACAUUCUAACCGUGCCUCUAGGAAUUCAACAAGUUCAUUGACUUCUGUUGACAACAGCGGUCAUGUGAUUGAUCUGUUAAAUGAUCAGCUACCAGAUGUCAAAAUAUCAGAGGAAGACAAAAAGAAGAAUCUUGAAUUGCUAGAAGAAGCAAAGAAAGUGAGUGAGAGGUUUCUAACACGCAGAGGCAGAAAGUCAAGAAGCAGCCUUCCAGAGUCACCCACAGCAGUUUCACCUACACUUAGUCCUAAAGUUUCACCAGUAGCAUCUCGGAGCAACUCUCUCACUCUUCCAGUUCCAUCAGGGUCUGAUGUAUGCACAACCACUGGUGUUGAGUCUGUAUCUCCAGGGCAGAAUAACAGAACUGUGAAAGAAGAUGACAGGCAAACUGCAGAGAAUGCCACAAAAGGAUUAAUUGAUCGAAGGCAGAAUGAUCAAAGAAAGAUUUCUCAGGGAAGGUUGGUUCCUCGUUCUGCUGGUUUUGAAAACUCCAAAGAAAAGCUGUCAGAACAAAAAGAAAACUUUGAUCCACGUAAACAUAUGGAUACUUCACCAAAAUCCUCCCCUUCAGGUAGUGAUGGUAGCAGAAUGUCUCUUAACACUUGCAUGAAUGUUUGUGAAAAUGAACUUGGAAAAUCAUUCCUCAAGAAAGGAAAAGAAAAUGAUCUUCCUUUAAAAACCCAUCUACCAGGACCAGGAAUAGGAAAUACAGACUCAAAGCUAAAAAUUUCUAUUCCAGAAAUGAGGGACCAUAAAGUUUCAUGUAAACCAGAAUUUAAAUUCUGUGGACUGCGUCCUCCUCUGCUGAGGGCUGUAUCGUGGGAUAGCCUGGAGCCUGGACAGAAAGAUAAAACACCUUUAAAAUUACCAUCUGAGGAAGAUAAAAGCUUUGUUUUUGGAAAUAAAUCCAGCAAUCAAUUAAAAGCAUUCAAAGACCUUCAAAUCCAAGUGCAACCAGUCCGAAUGCAGAAAUUGACAAAGCUCAGAGAGGAGCAUAUUUUGAUGAGAAAUCAAAAUUUAGUUGGACUUAAACUUCCUGAACUUAGUGAAGCAGCUGAACAGGAAAAAGGCCCUUCACCUCUCCCCUCCCCCACUGAAGAGGAAGAGACAAAGAAUAGCUCUGAUGUCAUGCCCAGCAUUCCUGAUGUAUUGCUGCGAAAACUACGAGUGCACAAGUCGCUUCCAGGAAGCUCCCCUGCACUUACUGAAAAAGAAGUCGAGAAUGUAUUUGUACAACUUUCCUUGGCCUUUAGAAAUGAUAGUUAUACCUUGGAAUCUAGAAUUAACCAAGCAGAGAGAGAGAGAAAUCUUACUGAAGAGAAUGCUGAGAAGGAACUGGAAAACUUUAAAACAGCCAUUACGUCUUCAGCUCACUUAUGGCAUCACUAUGAACACAGAGAAGCUUACCAGAAGCUACUGGAGGAUAUUGCUGUUCUGCGGCGUUUAGCUGCUAGACUGUCUAGUCGUGCUGAGAUGGUUGGAGCCGUUCGCCAGGAGAAGCGUAUGUCAAAGGCAACAGAAGUGAUGAUGCAGUAUGUGGAAAAUCUGAAAAGAACAUAUGAAAAGGAUCACGCUGAACUAAUGGAGUUCAAGAAACUUGCCAAUCAGAAUUCUAGCAGAAGCUAUGGUGCAUCUGAAGAUGGAGUACCUCGUUCAUCUAGAUCCAUGUCACUUACUGUUGGAAAGAAUAUGCCUCGGAGGAGAGUCAGUGUUGCUGUUGUUCCUAAAUUUAACUCCUUAAACAUUCCUGGUCAGUCACCAGCAGCUUCACCUGUACCUUCAAUGCCAUCCCUGUCUGAAUCACCUAGUAAUGGAAGGAGCAAUCUAACAUCUACGCCUGUUCUGCCAGCACUUUUAGAAAAUGGUAAGACUAAUGGAGAGCCUGACUGUGAAACCUCUGCUUCUGUGCUGACACAGAGUGUGUUGGAAGAAAUCAGUCCUGAAACUAAAGCCAAGAUAGAAGAGGAAGCAUAUAACAAAGGCUAUCAGGAAGGCUUGAAGAAAACCAAAGAACUUCAGGAACUGAAGGAAGAAGAUGAAGAGACACCAAAGGAAAGUCAUGAUGAACAUGAAGAAAGUGAAAACGAAGAUGAGAUAAAAGACCUGAAAAGCAGCAGACUCGAAGUCAUCAUUAAUUAUUUACAUAUACUGUACCCCAAACUGUGUAAACACUGGAAUGUGGUAUGGCUCAUAGUGGCUGCGAUAAUCAUAUUUGCUGUGAUGUUGGGAAUCUACCAUUCAUACAACUCCUGUGAUGAAAAAUCAGAGGGACCUGAAGGAAAGGCCAGCUGUUCUGCUGCCCAGCAAUAUUCCUGGUGGAACUCAGGAUUCCAACAUGAGCAACGCACUGAAUAGAGGAACAACCACGUGUGUAUGGUACCUGAGCAAGUAUGCAUAUGAGAACACAGUUGUUAAAGGUAGUGCUUAGUCAUCUUUAUGGUUGUUAAAUGUGAUCUGAUAGGCAAGUGAGUUACUCUACACCAUCAGGUUUGGGAGUAUAUUGUGAACAUACCUUGCCAAAAUGACAAUUUGACAAAUAACCCUUUCUGUCCUCUUAUUUUAAAUGACUGACACAAAUAAAGUAAUAUUGAAUCAGCAGUAAUCAGCAAUGAGCAAGACAUUUAAAAGAAUGAGUUGCACAGGACAUUGACAUCUCUCCUAUGAUUUUGAAGAAAUCAUAAAACCUGUAUUUGCAGUUAGUGCUUUACAUUGCAUUUGCUGAUUGGUGAUUGUUGAAGUACUAAUGGCAUUGAAGUCCUUUGGGUUUUAAGAGUUUAGUUCAUUUCCUCAUUCAUUAUUACUGGGUAGAAAUAGAAGCUCUUCUGUGGAAGGUUAGAAAUAUAUUAUCAGACCAAAUGAUCAACUACAUGCAUAAAAACAUGCAUAAACAUGUUUUAUGAUAUAUUUUUAAGAAUAGCAUCACCUUUUUUUUUUUUCAUGGGAUACACACCAAAACCUAAAAUGAUGUCUAGAUGUCACAGUUGAUAUCAUCAACUAAAUCUGGGAACUUUUGAUAUACCAAAGGGACAUGCUUUGCAACAAAUCUGUGCAUGCCAUUCAGAGUCAAUACUGGUUGAAGUAAAAAGUAGUUGCUGUCUGCCCAAGCCCAAAAUACAUCACUCUAGCAUGUAGAAAGCAAUCUUAAAUUCUUUAUUAAAACAGAGAUCACACUAAGUGGACUCUGCCCUGCUGCUAAUACUGGAAAUAGAUAUCCUUAGAGAUCUGCACUAGGGACACAGUUCUGUGUACAGCCAAAACCUUUCCAGUGCCUAGAUGACUCAGGAUGUGAAAGCAGUGAGGACUUUAAAGAGGUCACUGCAUAUUUUUAGUAAUUCAUUUUCAGAAUCUAAAGCCAAGUAUAUAACUGUUCUGGUAUGCUUUCAAAGCUAAACUGUCAGGUUGUGGUAGAUUAAUCUUUUGCCCAGAUUUUGUAAUGGUUCUUCCUGUUUGGGCAUUGUGAGUUCUUACACAAGAAUGUGAAAGCCUGAAAUUUUUAGACAAGCGAUUUCAAAAUGGUGAAGCCAUUACCUGUAAAAAUCCACACCACCUAGGGCUGAGACCAAAAUGCAUGUCACUUAAAAUAUACCAUAUAUACCUGCUGAACAUCACUUCUGAUUGAAGAUGUUUGUCUUUCUAUGGCUAUAGGCUUGAAUCUAAUGACAAUAUCAAAAUCAGUGUGACACUUGAUUGCACCCGUGUCUUGCAUUCUUCAGGCAUUUUCUGACUGCUUAACAGGUCUGUUUACCAACUGAAGGAUAUAUAUGUUAUGAAGUCCUGUAAUUUUAGUUCAGAUGCAGUUAGAGUUGUCUUGUUUUCUUUUGGUAUAAACACUGAACCUCAUGCUAAGUAUGAAAGAAAACAAGUUUCUAACUCAGUCAUAAAUUUAAUUCACAGUUCUGGCACUAGUAACAAAUAUCCUGCUGGUGAAUUUUGUUUGUUUCAUCUUUAGCCACAUGUUUCUUAAGAGACAUUUAUAUGGAGAAAGAAAAGAAGGUCUGAUAUUUUCAACUACCACUUUUUUGGGGGGGUUGGUUGGUUGGUUUUGGUUUGUUGGGGUUUUCUUGGGGGGUAUAUAUAAGCAGCUGGGAAGUUUUGGGGUUUUUUUAAAUUUUAUUUUAAAGUAUAUAUUGUUGAAGAAUAGUGUGCUUAAGGAAGUUCAAAAAGGAUAAUGGGAAAGUGUCAUUUGGUCUAAAAUUGUAAUUGGUAAAGAAUAAGAAGAAGGUUUCUUGCAAAUUACUUGGUAUCUGGCUCAGAAUAUCUAACUAUGAAGAACUACUGUGACAUUUCAUGUACUUUUAGUAUUUGAAGAAACUUGUCAGUUGCUCCUUGAAUACGUCUUUAUUAAAAUCAGCUUUAACUUAAUAUUCCUUAAAAAUAGCAUUGAUAACUUAAUAAGGCAAUACAAAUUAAGGUAAAUAAGCCUGAAGAUUCAGAACCUUCUAUGCCAAAAAUUAUGGCACAUAUUUGAUUAUGUGAUUGUGGAAAUGUUGGGUUGCACUGAGGAAAAAUAAUCAACAAGGCCAAUAACAAAAUUUAUUCACUCUUAUUUACAUCUGCAGUGAUGUGGGUUCAACACCUUAUUUUUACAUGUAGAAAGUUAUUGAUACCACUAGGACUCUUAAACUGCUUAAUGUUAAGCAAGUGCUAAGGUUUUUCUGGUCAGUGGGUGGAUAAGGUCUCCAUCCUCUUUAGAAAUUCAGCACACUGGCUUUUUGUGGACCUAGUGCACAAGGGCAGAUUUCUGUAAGUAGCUGUACUGAAUUUAACUGAACUACUUGCAUGUCUAAGUCAAGUAUAACUUAGCCAUAAAAUUAUUAAUUGUUGUGGGGAAUGGACUGAAAGAGACAAGAGAUUUUAAUAGGGAUUAAAAGAUGAAGUUUAUUUCUUAAAGAACUGCUGUUCUUUUUCUAACCACUUUGAGCAAACUGUCCACUCAAAAUAAUGGACCACAAUGACUAACAGCACAUUAAAUAUUUCUACUUAUAUUUUUCAGUUAGUUAAUGAAGACACCUUUUUUUAAUAGGAAACUAGAUUGAGCUCAGAAAUUAUUCUAAAUAUAAUUUUACAUGUUGGAUAUUAGUUUGCUUUAUCUGGAAAAAAAACCCUCAACCUCUUCUGUGUUCAAAUAUCACAUCAGAUAACAAGAAAUAGACCGAUUAUUUAUGCUAUUAGCACUGAAAUAGUUUUCUUGAGGUGCAAUAUUUAUUUUUCUGCUUUAACAAGACACGUUUAUUGUUUUUCCUGCACAGCACAGAUGUUUUCAGUAAAAUGGAAUUUUAAAAGGGCACUAUUUUUGUGUAUCAUAUUUAAAUUUGUAAUAUUGUAAGAUUUUGCACAAGUGUGCUGGUAUUGUACUGUAUAGUAUCACAUACUUGAGUUUUGAAAUAAAACUAUGGUUUCAAAGUCCUCAA